GCAUGCGCACUGGAAUCGCCACGCUGUUCAAACGCUGUUUUCAGUUGUUGGCGGGAAUAACAACGACAUUUCUGACUUUCUGACUGAAGAACUUCGUUGAACUUAAUUUAAGAAAAUGUCGAAGAAGAAAGGCCUAAGUCUGGAGGAGAAACGAAGCCGUAUGAUGGAGAUAUUCUUUGAAACGAAAGACGUGUUUCAGUUAAAGGACCUUGAAAAAAUCGCCCCAAAAACCAAAGGAAUCACCCCCAUGUCAGUGAAAGAAGUGCUGCAGAGCCUGGUGGACGACAACAUGGUGGACUCGGAGAGAGUCGGAACCUCGAAUUAUUUCUGGGCUUUUCCCAGUAAAGCUCUUCACGCCCGCAAACGCAAACUGGACGAUCUGGAGAAACUGCACGAGGACGGAACGCAGCGGCGAGUGGCUCUUCAGCAGGCCGUAAAGAAAGCCAAAGAGGGACGUCAAGAUACUGAGGAGAGAGCGACUCUUCAUAAGGAGCUCACGUCUCUGAGAGAGCAGAGAGAAACCCUGCGUGCUGAGCUGGAGAAAUAUAAAGAGUGCGAUCCAGAAGUGGUAGAGGAAAUGCGCAAAGAGAACGUUACAGCGAAGGAAGCCGUGUCCAGAUGGACUGAUAACGUGUUUGCUAUCAAAGCAUGGGCCAAGAGAAAGUUCAGCUUGGAUGAUAAUCGAUUGAAUAAAGCCUUCGAGAUUCCAGAAGACUUCGACUACGUGGAUUGACCAAGUCUGCACAAACACACACAAACACACAAAAA